CGCUCCUGCCCCAUCCCGGUCUGGUCCCGCCCCAUCCCUGUCCGGGCCCGCCCCCGCGCCGCCAUGUCGGGUGAGGGCACCCGCGGGCCCCCACGUGACCCGCACGGCCGCGGCCGCCCUUAAAGCGCGGCGGGCGGGCGGCCCGCGCAGCGCCCGGCACCGGCCGCAGAGCUCCCACCAUGGUCAAUGAGACCCAGCAGAGCUGCAGUGCCAGCUCCAGCUCCAGGUCCGAUGGCGGCAGCAGCAGCGGGAGCGAGAGCUCCAAGGACAACUCGCGCUGCUCCACCCCGGUGCUCGACGCCGACCGGCACGAGCGGCUGCGCGAGAAGAUGCGCCGGCGGCAGGAGGCCGGGGACAAGUGGUUCUCCCUGGAGUUCUUCCCCCCACGUACAGCCAAUGCUGCUGUCAACCUCAUCUCCAGGUUUGACCGCAUGGGAGCAGGUGGCCCACUCUUCAUUGAUGUGACGUGGCACCCCGCAGGGGACCCAGGAUCUGACAAGGAAACCUCUUCCAUGAUUAUUGCCAACACUGCAGUCAACUACUGUGGCCUGGAGACCAUCCUGCACAUGACAUGCUGCAACCAGACCAAGGAUGACAUCACGGGGCAUCUGCAGAAGGCCAAGAGGCUUGGGUUGAAGAACAUCAUGGCACUGCGUGGAGAUCCUGCUGGUGAGGAAUGGGAGGAAGAAGUAGAUGGUUUCAACCAUGCUGCUGACCUGGUUAAGCACAUUCGCAGUGAAUUUGAUGAUUACUUUGACAUCUGUGUGGCAGGCUACCCCAAGGGUCAUCCUGAAGCAGAGAGCUAUGAGACAGACCUGAGGCACCUGAAGGAGAAGGUCUUUGCUGGAGCAGACUUCAUCAUUACACAGCUUUUCUUCCGACCAGAAACCUUUCUCAAGUUCAUGAAGGACUGUCAAGCCAUUGGCAUCACCUGCCCCAUUAUUCCUGGCAUCUUCCCCAUACAGGGUUACCACUCCCUGCGCCAGCUGGUGAAGCUCUCCAAGCUGGAGGUGCCUCAGGAGAUCAAAGAUGUGAUUGAACCCAUCAAGGACAACGAUGCAGCCAUCCGGAACUACGGGGUGGAGCUGGCAGUGUCCAUGUGCCGGGAGCUGCUGGACAGUGGGAUGGUGCAUGGGCUCCACUUCUACACCCUCAACCGGGAAGUGGCCACCACUGAAGUCCUGAAGCGCUUGGGCUUAUGGAAGGAGGACCCCAGGCGGCCCCUGCCCUGGGCAGUCAGUGCCCACCCCAAGAGAAGAGUGGAAGAUGUUCGGCCCAUCUUCUGGGCCUCCAGGCCCAAGAGUUACAUUUAUAGGACCCAGGAGUGGGAUGACUUCCCCAAUGGCCGGUGGGGUAACUCCUCCUCUCCAGCCUUUGGGGAACUGAAGGACUAUUACCUCUUCUACCUGAAGAGCAAGUCUCCCCGGGAGGAGCUUCUGAAGAUGUGGGGAGAAGAGCUGACUGGUGAGGAAAGUGUCUUUGAGGUGUUCACGUGUUACAUCACUGGAGAACCCAACAGGAAUGGGCACAGGGUCACAUGCAUGCCUUGGAACGAUGACCCUCUGGCUACUGAGACCAACCUUCUGAAGGACCAGCUGGAGAAGGUCAACAGACGAGGAAUCCUGACCAUCAACUCCCAGCCAAACAUCAAUGGCAAACCAUCCACAGACCCCAUUGUAGGCUGGGGGCCCAGUGGGGGCUAUGUUUUCCAAAAGGCUUACCUGGAGUUCUUUGCCUCCAGCGAGAUCGUCACGGCGCUGCUCAAGGUGCUGAAGAAGUACGAGCUGAGGGUGAACUACCACAUUGUCAACGUCAAGGGCCAGAAUAUCACCAAUGCUCCAGAUCUGCAACCCAACGCUGUCACCUGGGGCAUCUUCCCAGGCAGGGAGAUCAUCCAGCCUACUGUAGUGGAUCCUGUGAGCUUCCUCUACUGGAAGGACGAAGCCUUUGCCCUGUGGAUCGAGCAGUGGGCCAAGCUCUAUGAGGAGGAGUCACCCUCUCGCAUGAUCAUCCAGUACAUCCAUGACAACUAUUACUUGGUCAACCUGGUGGACAACGACUUCCCCCUCGAAAACUGCCUCUGGCAGGUUGUGGAUGACACUUUUGAGCUGUUGAACUCUCCAACUCAGCAGUGAAAAUCCCUCUUACAAUCCCUUACUUCCUCCGUCCAUCCACUGAGAAGCAGCAGCAGCUCUUGUGCUGGUGAUGGGCAACACACUCCCAAACCCACAGUAUGUGCUCUUCUGUCCCCAGCAAAAAGGCUCCCUGAGCCCUUCUCACUGAACAAGAGCCAGAACUACCUGAACCUCUGAGCUGAGGCUCCAGACUGAGCCUGAAGGCCAGCUCUGCAGGAUGAAGAGCUGCUAAUGGCCGUGUUGAUUACAAGAACAGAGAACUCUUGUGCAUCAGUGUGAUAAAACUCCAUGGGAUUCUGGUAACUUUCCCAUGACAGAAAUGCUGCCUUGGGGGCAGAAACACUCCUGUCAGCUGUGCCUAUGUAAGGGGAUUAUUUCAGCUGUUACCAACCCGGAAAAGAAGGUCAAAUUGCUUUUAUAUUGCACUCCUAAAAUGUAUUUCUUCAUAAUUGCUCAUAUCAGGCUAUUUUGCACUCACUCCAGAAGAAGGUUCAAUAUUUCUCCUUAACUUUUCUCCUUUUAUUGUAUUUCCUGUUUUCUUUUUAAUAGGACUAUGUGAAUUCCAGUUCUGGAUUAAGCUACUUAGGAAUCACACUAUUCCUUCAAUUAUGUAUAAUAAAUUACGUGAAUACAAA